CCCGUCUUUUUGUAAGCGGUUCUUCUUGUCGGUUCUCCCGGUUGCUGUCACUCACUCACUGUCCUCCCGGGUGGUCCCGGCGGUUUCCGCGUCUCCGCUCUGAUUCCCGCAUAUGUUCCGCGCGAGCCCCAGCGGAGACCGAGCGCAUUGCAUCACCAUCCCUCACGCUCACGCUGCCUCUCCCGCUCACCGUCAUUCCGGAGCAGAUGGUGGGACGGGCGACGCAUCUGUCUCAGCUCUCCGCGAUAACCGAAAGCAGUCGGAGGGGACGGACGGAGGACAGGGUGCCGUCCGUGAUGAACGCGUCCGAGUGCGCGAGGAAUCAGUGAUUUGUGCCGCAGGCACCCGGUGCCCCGGAGAUCCACUCAGCUCGCGCGCUCUCUCCUCUACGCGAGGAAGAUGGCUGCCAUGAAGCUCCUCACUGGCGCGGGACUCUUCUUGGCGUUCUGCUCGCUUGCUUUGCUCGCGAUGGCUAUCUGCACCGACCACUGGUACGAGACAGAUGCACGGAGACACCGGGAACGCUGUAAGAAUUAUGCCAACAACAAGCGGAAAGACCCGGGCUUCAUCCUGCUGUCCAACCACAACCUGCCGCUCCAGAUGCCUCUGAAGGACACCGGGGAACGGAGACUCCCGGGGCCGAGUGACGGAGCUCUUCUGCGGGAGAGGCGGCAGGUUGUGGCAGCUGCCCCGGCCAUGGAGUCGCAGUGUAGCCGGCCGUUCAACUCCACCAUCUCGGGGCUGUGGAGGAAGUGUCUACGGGGAGGCUUCGACCUGGAGACGGAGGAGCUCAUCUAUAAAGGUCUUCUGCAGAGGUGUACAGCAGUGAAGUAUCACUACACCUCCUCCAGCCUCCCACGCAACCUCUCCAUCAGCAUCACCAAGACCAUACGCCAGGAUGAGUGGCACGCGCUCCUGUCGCCACCUAGUGGUUACAGUGUGUUGUCGCGGUACCCGCGCUACCUGUACGGUCUGCCGGAGGACAUCAGCCACGGCUACGGCUGGUCCAUGUUCUGUGCCUGGGGGGGGCUGGGCCUCACGCUAUUGGCCGGCUUCCUCUGCACACUCGCCCCCUCCGUCAGCAGCCCCACCCCCACACGCUGCAGCUCCGUACACAAGCCACGCCACGAGAACGGGAGUGUGUGA